AUGCACCACGAUCCCAACCCCUUCGACGAGGGCGCCGACGAGAACCCCUUCUCGAAUGGAGGCGGAGGAGCGCGUGGCGGAGGCGUCAAGUCGCAGUACGGGUUCCGGCCGGCGGAGCCCGCGGGGUUCGGCGGCGGCGGAAGGGGCGAUGCGACCGUCGACAUCCCCCUCGACACCAUGAACGAUUCGAAGGGCAAGGCGAAGGAGCUGUCUCAGUGGGAGUCAGAUCUCAGGAGGCGAGAGUCGGAUAUCAGGAGAAGGGAGGAAGCUCUCAAGAGCGCUGGGGUGCCCAUGGAGGACAAGAACUGGCCGCCUUUCUUCCCAAUCAUCCACCAUGAUAUUGCCAAUGAGAUACCGGCAAACGCUCAGAAGUUGCAGUAUCUUGCGUUUGCGAGCUGGCUUGGUAUUGUGCUUUGUCUCUUCUGGAAUUUUAUUGCUGUCAUAGUCUGUUGGAUCAGAGGGGGAGAUUCCAAACUAUUUUUCCUGGCUACCAUCUAUGGUAUGCUUGGCAUCCCUUUGUCCUACUUGAUGUGGUACAGACCUCUAUACCGAGCAAUGAGAACUGACAGUGCUUUCAGCUUUGGAUGGUUUUUCCUUUGUUACCUGCUCCACAUUGCUUUUUGCAUAUUUGCUGCCAUUGCUCCUCCAGUUGUAUUCCGCGGAAAAUCAUUAACGGGUAUACUGGCUGCAAUUGACACCUUUUCUGAUCAUGCAAUAGUUGGGAUCUUUUACUUUGUCGGAUUUGCCUUGUUUUGCUUGGAGACACUUGUGAGCAUAUGGGUUCUCCAGGAAAAUCCUUUAUGUUAUAUCUUGGUACCUGUUGCACAUGGGGUACAUGGUAUAUUCACUGGUGACCAUUUACAGUGA